AUGGCCGAGGAAGCGGGCGGGGCGGGGUUCUGCCUCUCCGCGCUCUAUAUAAGCGGCCAGUGGCAGCGGCUGCGCGCUGCUCCUGACCUUCAGUGUGCUGGCUCCAGCGCCAUGGCGCCGUCCAGGAAGUUCUUCGUGGGGGGGAACUGGAAGAUGAAUGGGCGGAAGAACAAUCUGGGGGAGCUCAUCAACACGCUGAACGCGGCCAAGGUGCCGGCAGACACCGAGGUGGUUUGCGCACCCCCCACCGCCUAUAUUGACUUUGCCCGGCAGAAGCUAGAUCCCAAGAUUGCUGUGGCUGCGCAGAACUGCUACAAAGUGCCUAAUGGGGCCUUUACUGGGGAGAUCAGCCCUGGCAUGAUCAAAGACUGCGGAGCCACGUGGGUAGUUCUGGGGCACUCGGAGAGAAGGCAUGUCUUUGGGGAGUCAGAUGAGCUGAUUGGGCAGAAGGUGGCCCACGCCCUGGCGGAGGGACUUGGAGUCAUCGCCUGCAUAGGGGAGAAGCUAGAUGAGAGGGAAGCUGGCAUCACUGAGAAGGUCGUUUUCGAGCAAACCAAGGUCAUCGCAGAUAACGUGAAAGACUGGAACAAGGUUGUCCUGGCCUAUGAGCCUGUGUGGGCCAUCGGUACCGGGAAGACUGCAACACCCCAACAGGCCCAGGAAGUACAUGAAAAGCUCCGGGGAUGGCUUAAGUCCAAUGUCUCUGAUGCAGUGGCUCAGAGCACCCGCAUCAUUUAUGGGGGUUCUGUGACUGGGGCAACCUGCAAGGAGCUGGCCAGCCAGCCUGACGUAGAUGGCUUCCUUGUGGGUGGUGCUUCCCUCAAGCCCGAAUUCGUGGACAUCAUCAAUGCCAAACAAUAAACCCCGCCCAGAUCUCCCUUACCCUUCCUGCUGAGCCAGGGACUAGGUAGCUCAGAAGCCCAAUGUAACUGUGCCGCCCCCCCCACCCCCACACAUGCUUCUGAUGGUGUCACCUGCCCCCUUUCGUGGCCUAAUCCAAAGUGUACCUCUUCCUUUACCAUUUACACCCUACCCUGUUAAUGGUUGGGACCAGGCCAAUCCUGCCUCCACUUACUGUACCAGUUGGAACUAAACCUGUCAACAAGGUGGCUUCUCCUAGGCUGGGAUGUGGGAGAGGUGGUUCGCUCGUGGGUCCCCUCAGUCCCCAGUGAAAGCAGGAGAGAGAAACAAUCCUGUCCCAUCUCGCGCCAUGAGGCCAAGGGCUGAGAGAAAGCCCUGUCCUCCGCUGAGGCCAGGGUGCUGCUCCUUCCCACGGUGCCAACGCCUGUGUGUUGUCUGUGAGCAGUCCCACGUGUGGGGGAAAUAAACACUUGGCACUGA